AUGGAUAGUGACAUUACUAUUGAGCCUAGUCCAGCAGGCAACGGUCGAAAAAGACUGGUUAAUAAGCAGCAGGAAUGGAAAAGAGAAAAGGCCAAAAUAAAAAGUUAUUUACGAAAGCGCCUUUCUGAAUUUCCCACGUGUGGUCAUAAAAAAAAGCUUCAAUGUUUGUCGCUUACUAUGACCGAAAUAAGGCAAUUUAAUGAAAAGUUUUAUCAUCAGGCUUCCAAAUGAUAUCAAGAUCUGUUUAUAUUGAAACACUGCGUAACGAAUAAACCAAAAAGACCUGGUACCAAAAUUAAAGAAAAUGUUCGAAACAAACCAAAGACAGUCAGCGUGCAGUACAAAAUUAUCACUCCAAAAGGACAAAUUUCUGUUUGUAAAAAGACAUUUGUGGCUAUACUGGGUGUUGCAGAAAAUCAAAUUGAAAGAAUACUGAAAAAAUAUCACGAGACAGGUGUUUUGCCAGUUGAAAGAAGGGGAGGAGACCGUGUUUCAAACAAAUCAGCCCAUAAAAAACAGGCCGUACAGCAUUUUAUUGAAUCCAUAACUUCUGAGACUCAUUACGCGAGGAAUAAAACAGUUAUUAGAAGAUACUUACCUUGUGAACUGAACAUAGUGAAAUUGAGGAAGAUGUAUAAUUCAAAAGUGAACGAACAGUUAAAAGUUAAACAUUGUUUUUUCAGACAUAUUUUUGUACGAAAGUACAACAUUGGCUUUGGAUCACCAAAAGUUAAUGUUUGUUCCAAAUGUCUACAAUUUUCGGAGAAAAUAAAAAAAAUCACCGAUCCACACGAAAAGGUAAAGGCAAUUACAGAACAGCGCGUACACAAACUACGCAGCAAAGCAUUUUAUGACUUGCUAAGAGAUACAAAUUUCAGAAUUGCAAUAUUUUCGUUUGACUGCCAAAAAAAUUUACCGCUGCCGAAAAUUCCAGAUCAAGCUUGUUUUAGUAUGCAGAUAAACCUCCAUAAUUUUACUGUAGUAAGUGGACAUUCAAAGUCCAGUCUUAACCCUCAAACAGUAAAAUCAUUCAUAUGGACAGAGAAUGAUCGUCAAAGAAGCUCCAAUGAGAUAGUUUCCGCCCUUUUUAACACUCUUAAACAUUUCAAUUUUAAUCAAGAGAUCGAGCAAGUACGUUUAGUAGCCGAUGGUGGUAGGGGCAAAAUAAGAAUACCACAAUGGUUGGGAUGAUUCAAUAAUGGCUGCAAUGCUGUUCUCCCCCCAAUGUGAAAUGUGUAGAACUUAUAUUUCCCAUUGUUGGUCAUUCUUUUCUCCCCCCUGACCGAGUAUUUGCUGAAAUUGAAAGAAAGGUGAAAAAAUAUUCCACUAUUAUUGAUCCAGAAACCUACAUCAAUAUUAUAAAAAUAUUGAAUAUUCCACAGAGUUAUAUUACUUAGUUUUUGACUGGAAGACUGAAGUACAAAAAGUGGUUAAAACUCCUGCAACCUGGCAUUUUCGGUUUCAACCAUCGAAAAGACUAAUAUUUUUAAAAAACAGUAAUGGGUUAGUUUUGGUGAAAGGUGAACCAUUUUAUAAAAAUAAUAUUUCUGAUGCCAAGAGUCUUUGUAAAAGGGGAAAGAAAAAUCUCUCAAAUUAAUUUGCAACAAUUAAGGGUAGGCAGAAGCUUAA